ACAGAACCAACUACACUCUUUUUCCCCUGGCAGAUCAGACUUAAAUUCAUUAAAGAUGGCUUGGAAGACCAGCGGCCUAAUGCAGAUGUGCAGAUUUCUUCUCUUAGUGAUUUUAUUUCUGCCACACGAGAUGACAAGUUCUGUUUUAACUGUGAAUGGGAAAACUGAAAACUAUAUCCUGGACACUGGGCUUGGCUUUGAAGAGUCUCUGAAAUGUGCUGUUCAAAACCACACCAGAGAGGAAGAACUUCUUUGGUACCGAGGAGAGGGGAGAGUGGAUCUAAAAUCAGGAAACAAAAUCAAUUCCAGCUCUGUCUGUGUCACUUCCAUCAGUGAAAAUGACAAUGGCAUCACCUUUACCUGCAAGCUGCAGAAGAAUCCGUCGGUGUCCAUCUCAGUGGUGCUGAAUGUCACCUUUCCCCCGCUCCUAAGUGGAAACGACCUCCAAACAGCUGAGGAAGGCAAUGAUGUGAAGUUGGUCUGCAAUGUGAAAUCCAACCCCCAGGCUCAAAUGACAUGGUACAAAGACGGGAGCAUCUUGAAUUUAGAGAAAGACCAUCACCAGAUCCAACAGACAAGUGAAUAUCUCCAACUGUCGAUCACUAAAAUCAAGAAAUCUGACAAUGGAACCUACAGCUGUACUGCAAUUACAUUGACAGAAAGGAAGACCAAGGACUUUCACCUCAUUGUCAAAGAUAAAGCUGUGACUAUACCAACAGAACCCAUUGUUGCUGCAUGUAUUGUGGUCUUUCUGACAUUGUGCUUUGGACUACUUGCUCGAAGAAAAAGAAUAAUGAAGCUCUGCAUAAAGGAUAAAGCUCCUCAAAACGCAACAGCUCUAUGAGAAAGCUGAGAUGCCAUCUAAUACGGCAGGAAUUUUACAUCAGGACCUCCCUGAUUUAUGUAGUCCCAUCUGUAUUUAUUGCUAUUAUUAAAUUCAUUCCUGUCAAACUGUCA